AACAAAGUAUACCACACGUCUGCCAAUGCUAAUCCUUCCUUGGUCACCACUUCAAGUAAUUCAUUAUCAAAUUUGAUUUCUUAAAGAGUAAUGGUAGAGAUUUUAAAAAUUUUAUCAAAAAUUUCAUAUAAUUGUGAGACCCACACAAUGUGGGUCUUAUAUGGAUCCUAUACUCAUGUGAAACAUUUGAUAGAAUUUUUGAUAAAAUUUUUAAGAUCUCUAGCAUUUUGUUUCUUAAAAUCUUGUUCCCUAUCAUUUUCUUGGUGAAAGUUCCAAGCAGUUUCUUGGACCCAUUUUGUUUAUAUAUGAAUGCAAACUAAUUAUACUAAUAAUUGCUUGGUACCUCAUAGACCUCCUUUUUCAUCUUUUCUUUCCAUGGAGAGAGUAUCCUCCAAACCAGAUGGUGAUGAUCAUGAUGAAUUCUCUGAGAUCACCCUGAGGCCGUUCGAUCUAUCCGACACCGAUGAUAUCAUGGCGUGGGCUACAGACAACAAAGUGAGUCAGUUUUGCACUUGGAACACCUACACAUCCAGAGAACAAGCCAUAGACUUCAUAGAAAACAUAGCAAUUCCACAUCCAUGGUUGAGAGCUAUAUGCCUUAAAAACAGGGCGAUUGGGUCUCUUUCGGUGAUGCCGAGCUCAGGUAUUGGGGCAAGCAGAGGUGAGAUUGGGUAUGCUUUGGCAUCAGAGUAUUGGGGCAGAGGAAUUGUGACAAGGGCAGUGAAAAUGGUGGUUUCAAGUGUGUUUAGUGAGUGGCCACAUUUGGAGAGACUUGAAGGUUUGGUUUAUGUUGACAACUUGGGGUCCCAAAGGGUGCUUCAGAAGGCUGGGUUUCAAAAGGAGGGUGUGCUAAGGAAAUAUGUCACUGUUAAGGGGAGGUCUAGAGAUAUUGUGAUCUUCAGUCUUCUCUCCUCAGAUCUCAUUAGUUGAUUAAUUUCAACAAUGAUAGGUAGAAAAAAAUAUGCACAAAAAAUAUAUUGUGUGGUUAAUAUUUAUUGACCCAUGUCUUGCGCAAUAUAAAUUUUAGAAACACAACGUAUUUUCUAUGUAUAUUCUGUGCAACUAGUAUUAUUGCAUUAAUUUCAAUUAUGCUUAUGAAAAAUGUAUUAUAUUACUCAUUUAGGGUUUAAGACUAGUUUUUAAAAUUUUUUACUAUUUUGUAUCACCUUUGUGAAUAUUCAUAAUUGGUUCUCUGUGUUGGAAAUAUGUAAUUAUUAAAGAAAUAAUAAAGAUGAAUAAUAUCUUAUCA